AUGUGUUUAGGCAGUUCGGUUUUGAGUGAUCUAAAUGAUUAUGUUUCCUCCUAUGAGCCUAAGGAAAUUGAACCUGAAGUUGUAGACCAUAUGAAAAGCCUAGAGCCUGUUCAUAGGAUUCUAGCAACGGUAGAUUUGAAACUGGAGAAACUAACGCAAAGUCAAAGUCCUAUGACUAUGAGUAAUAUGAGUAGUUUUAAUAAUAGUGUAGUUCAAAGCACAAGCCAGUCUGUUCAAUGUAGAUUGCCUAAGAUGCAAAUGCCAGAAUUUGAUGGGGAUCCACUAACAUGGCAAGGGUUCUGGGAUCAAGUUUCAAUCCAUAGUAAUGCUAACAUUAGCAAAAUAGAUAAAUUCAAUUAUCUUAAAGGAUGUCUAAGGGGAGAAGCUCUAGCUGCAAUAUCCGGUUUGAUGUUAAGUUCAGAUAAUUACAAAGAGGCUAUUCCACUAUUAAAGAAUAGAUUUGGAAAUGAACAGCUAUUAAUAUCUAGCCAUAUGGAGUCAUUACUUAAAAUUAGUAAGAUUAGAUCUCAGGAAAGUACUAGAGAGCUUAGAAUGUUAUACAAUCAUGUUGAAAAUUGCAUUAGGAAUUUGAAAUCCUUAAAAUUGGACACUACUGGGUAUGGUUCCAUAUUAAUCCCUAUUCUUAAGGACAGGUAACCAGAUGAAGUUACCAUGAUAAUCUGUAGGAAGUUUGGGAAAAAUAUUUGGACUUUAGAUGGGGUAAUGGAAUAUUUUAACGAUGAACUAAGUGGACAAGAAAAUUGUUCUUCACCACCUAAUGAGCCUGAUAAGCAUAGGAAAGCAGGAUACUAUACCACAAGUGGCUUAUUUAGUCAAGCAAGUAAAGGUUCAUGUGCAUAUUGUAAUAAGGAAGGGCAUUUCCACUCUAAAUGCACUAUUGUCUCUAGUCCAGAGUCACCUAAGGUUAUUCUUUGUAGAAAUAACAGGUGUUUUACAGCCGAUCCAGGUUGAGCGUUUAACGGAAGUGUUUGUACCGUUCGUUGUAGGCGUUCCAACGUGACGUUUCUAGGUAUGUAAGCAUGCGUUUCCAGGUACACAAUUAGGUGUUGUCACUUCCGUUAUUCCCUGACAAACAAACACAAAUUUAUAUUGUUUGUAUGAGUCUAUUCUAUUCAUCGCUGUAAUUAAAAAUGGAUUUAAUACAAAUAAAGUGACUUACAACUACUACUCCAGUAAACGUGUUACACCUGUGUACAUGCGAGAAGAAGAACUGGAAAACUUUUCGUUUAUACAGUUCAAAAUGCAAAUUUUAAAAGAGGUCCCACACUUAACCAAAGCAGUCUCUCUGCGUUGGACCGUGGACGAAGUCGAUUUGUCGCCUUUGUACUUUAAUUACCAAGUCAGAGGCCUGUUGCAGAAAAAAAAGAAUAUAAAGAUCAACGUUAUAGAAUUCAAAUCGCCAGCAGCGUGUACUUCGUUUUCAUCCUGUGACGAAGCCCCCCUCAAAGGAAAAAUUAGCUCCAUGUGUAGCAGCACAGCCAGUACUUCGAGAAACGUUUCUAUUGGAAAAGCACAUGCACGUAGGACAUUAAUUCUUAACCCUGUUCAAAACCAAGAUGAUUUAGACACCGAUGGCGAUACGGACGAAGAAAUCGAAGCAAUGGAAUGGCCUCAUAUAAUGCUUCCGCUCGAAAGAUACGCCGUAAAGCAAAAAGAAACGGUUGAUAAUAUUUCACAAGAAUAA